UCGUGUUCAAGUCGUGGUCAGUGGUAUAAUGGCACCUUCUCCGCAGGAACUCCACGUGGUUGAGGCUUCUGAGGCGGGCCCGCGCGAUGGCGAGCGUGUGGUCAUCUCUGGCGUGUCCGGAAUCUAUCCGAGCAUACGUCAUGUUAAGGAGUUCUCCGAAGUACUAUACAACAAGGUGGACCCGAUAGCAGGCACCAAGCCCCGUUGGGAGUACAAGAGCCCAGAGGUGCCUGACCACGUGGGUCUCAUUCCAGAUCUGGACAAGUUCGACGGGCAGUACUUCAGGGUUCCAUUUCGCAUGGGCAUGAAUAUGGACCCCAUGUCGAGGAAAAUUCUCGAACACGUUUACCAAGCCAUCUAUGAUGCAGGAGUAAACCCAGAACAUUUGUCUGGAAAGAAAGUGGGUGUUUUCAUCGGAACUUCCUUGUCAGAGAGUGACAAGGUACUGUUUUACUUCGGUGCCCAGGAGAAGACGGGUUUAGGGAUAGUCGGAUGCAGCAGGUCAAUGUUCGCCAAUCGCGUGUCAUACUGGCUGAACGCGAAGGGGCCGUCGAUGUCCUUGGACGGAGGCUGCUGCAGCUCAGCAGUGGCCCUGGAGCAGGCCUACCAAGCCAUGACGCGCGGUGACUGCGAGGCGGCCGUCGUUGCUGGCUGUAACUUGUGCCUGCACCCGCAAACUUCUAUACAUCUCGGCAGAUCAAUACCCCUGUGCAAGGAUGGUAAAACUAAAUCUUACGACCAAUCGGCUGAUGGAUGCGUGAGAUCUGAAGCCGUUAAUGUGCUUUUUCUGCAGAAAGCUAAAGAUGCUCGAAGAAUUUAUGCCGAUGUGGUGUACACCAAAGCAAAAUAUAUUUCUUUCAAAAAUGCCGACACUUGGAAGAGGGAAAACGAGGAAGUCACUCAAUUCCUAAAGGAGUUUUACGACGACAUAAAACUAUCUCCGCAUGAUGUAGAAUACGUUGAAGGUUUCGGAUCAGCCGAUCCUGACACCGAUAAAACAGAACUGGAGGUGUUGGAUAAGAUUUUCUGUGAGAAUCGGGAGCAGCCGCUUUACGUGGGCAGCGUCAUGUCCAACAUCGGGUACACCGAGUCUUCGUCGGGCAUCGCGGCCGUCACCAAGGUUCUCCUGGGCUACCACACUGGUCAGCUGGCCGGCACGCUCCACUGCUCUCAGCCGCGUGAAGACGUUGCAGCAUUACGCGAGGAUCGCAUCAGGAUCCUGUGCGACCACCGGCCCACGCCGCCCUACGUGGCCGUCAACGGCCUGUCGGUCACCGGCAUCAACUCACAUGUGCUUAUGCACGGUCACUACAAACCCAAGGAUUUGACAAAAUAUCAAUGCAGCAUACCUCGUCUGGUCUUACUAUCGAGCCGAACAGAUUCGGGAGUAGAAAAUGUGAUAAAUUACUUAAAAUCUAACCGUAUAGAUGCCGAGGAGUUGGCUUUGAUUCAAAACAUCCACUCAUCCAAAGUUAAUGGCCAUCUAGGCCGAGGAUUUACUAUCUUGGAUACCGACGAUGAGUCGAAAACCACAAGUCUGUGCGAGAAAGCGGAGUACUUUGACGGCGCCACGCGACCGCUAUGGUUCGUGUACAGCGGUAUGGGGUCGCAGUGGCCGGGUAUGGCCGCGCAGCUCAUGCGCAUACCGAUCUUCGCUGCGGCCAUUGAACGCUGUCGUCAAGCAUUAGAACCGAAAGGCAUCGACAUCGUCCACAUUAUAACGUCGACCGACAACACCAUAUUCGAUGACAUUCUUCAUUCAUUCGUGGGCAUUGCUGCGGUCCAAAUUGGCCUCACUGAUGUUCUGCUGGAAUUGGGCAUGGUUCCGGAAAAGAUUAUUGGCCACAGUGUGGGUGAGCUAGGGUGCGCGUACGCCGAUGGCUGCAUUACCGCCGAGGAGAUGAUCCUCGCGUCCUAUAGCCGAGGUAUUGUCUCUAAGGAGACUCCUUUCAUACGCGGGUCUAUGGCGGCCAUCGGUAUCGGGUUCGAAGAGGUGUCAAAGAUAUGCCCACCGGAAAUCGAGGUAGCCUGCCAUAAUUCUGCCGACUGCAGCACCAUCUCUGGGCCAGCCGAUGUAAUGGCCCAAUUUGUCGCAGAAUUGACCGCUAAGGACAUCUUCGCAAAAGAGGUUCCUUGCUCUAACAUCGCGUAUCAUUCACGAUACGUAUCUGAAGCAGGGCCUGGACUUCUCAAGUACUUGAAAGAAGUAAUUCAAACUCCAAAACUCCGUAGUGAGCGGUGGGUGUCAACUUCAGUACCACAGGAAAAUUGGGACGAAGAUAUUGCUAAAUACUCUUCGGCCGAGUACCAUACUAAUAAUCUUCUGAGCCCCGUGUUGUUCGAGGAGGCCUCCCGGCUGAUCCCCAAGGAUGCGGUGCUGGUUGAAGUAGCUCCACACGGGCUGUUGCAGGCCAUUCUCAAGCGCGCCAUGCCUUCUUGCGCAAACAUACCCCUCACAAGGCGCGGCCAUUCUGACAACGCGCGCUUUCUACUCGAAGCACUAGGACACCUGUUCAUGGAAGGAUAUUAUCCUGAUAUUCGCGUCUUGUAUCCGAAAGUGGAAUUUCCUGUUUCUACCGGAACACCUCAUUUGUCGCACUUGGUGGAAUGGGCUCAUCAGGAAACUUGGCCCUACCCAGUGUAUUUAAGUGCAGAGAGAAAAGCGUCUUCAUCUUGCACAUUUAAAAUAUCGCUUCAUGAUGAUGAAUAUCUUUAUUUGCGUGGACACCGCACUGCAGAUAAAACGUUGUUCCCGUUCGCCGCGGCGCUAGUGAGCGCAUGGGACACCCUGGCCAUGUCAGUCGGCGCGCCGCGCCAUGGACCUUCCGUCAAGUUCAGCGAUGUGUACCUCUACUCACAACCCACGCUACACGACUUGCGCUUACUGCGCCUAACUGUGUCCUUGCACCGCGGGAAUGGAAGGUUUGAGAUUGAUGACGGAAUUACGAAAGUAGCUUCGGGUUAUGUCGUUUUGCACGAAAUAAAAAAAUCCGCUGAAAAUGGUGAAAUUCAGGACACAGAAGAAUCCCAGGAAGAUAUUGUACUAGAAAAGGAAGAGAUAUAUCAGAUUCUGAAUGAAAACGGCUACAUGUACCAGGACGAGUUCCAAAGUAUCCGUCAAGUGAGCGGGUCCACCGGCGUGGUGUCAUGGACCCGCUGGGAGACGUUUCUCGACGCAUUGCUCCAGCUGCACGCGCUGCGCCGCCGCGAUGCGCGCGCACACCCCGCCUUCAUCAGGGAGAUCGUUAUUGAUACUGAUGCUCAUGCUAAAGCGGUUCAGGAUAAGGAUUUGAAGGCUAAUAUAUGCGACGUGGAUGAUUAUACCAGGUGCGGCGGCGUUACUCUGACGGGUAUCAAAUUCAACCCUAUUCCCAAAAGUAACGAAUAUUCCCUUGUCCUCGAUACUUCAAAAUUUGACUCAAAGCAUCUUGUCGAGCAUGUUUCAAAUGGUGUCAAUGGAGUAAAGAAUGAAAACGUAAAAGUCUUGAGAAUCGGUAAAAUAGGAGAGUUAGAAUCGUUACACUGGGUGGAUACCCCCGUAACAGAAGAUGACGGGAUUCCAGUGACGGUGCAUUUUGCUGGUUUAAAUGCUAGCGAUAUUUUAAAGACAAAUCAACCACAUGAAGAUGUACAUUCUCAAUGUGCCUUUGGAAUGGAUUUCAGCGGUACUACUGACGAUGGAUCAAGAGUGAUGGGGUUAGCACCCGGUACGGCGCGAUCUACGCUGCGCGCGCAGCCAGAGUUGCUGUGGCCUGCGCCUGCGCAUUGGAGUCUCGAGGAGGCCGCCACAGUGCCCUUUGCUUACGCGCAUGCAAUAUACUGCCUCGCCAUCAAAACGGAGUUACUGCCGCAUUGCAGCAUCCUCGUGAGUAACGGCGCGGGCGCCACCGGGCAGGCGGCCAUCGCGAUGGCGCUGCACCUCGCCUGUCGCGUCUUCGUGGUAGUUGACGAUUGCAGGAAGAAGCAUUUGCUGAGGAAGAUGUUCCCGAAGUUGAUUGCUGACAAUAUAAUGUGCUGUCGAGGCGACUCUUUCCUGGAGCGCGUGAUGCAGGCCACCAACGGAAGAGGCUGCGACUUCGUCAUCUGCGGUACCGGGGACCAGAAAGAUGCUUACUUACAAUGCUGCGCUCCCUUUGGCAUCACGUUGGACAUUCACCGAGUGAAGAGGAACGAAAACUUCGAUUUCAAACUGGGUGCCUUAAAUUGGGACAGGUGCUACACGAGCGUCGAUUUCUCUUCCGUAUUCCUUCACAACGACAUUACAAUAUUGAAGAAGCUGCAACAACUACUGUCAGAGGGUAUCAGCGCAGGCUGGGUGCGGCCGCUAGCACGAGUUUGCUUCGAAGCGCGCGAGUGUGUACGUGCCUUUCGUAUGCUCGCACGCCGUGCACACAGCGGGCGCGUGCUGCUUGGAGUGCACGCCACCGAGCCACAGGUUGACACAAGAUUGCACUGCUCUGGAGUGUGCCUGAUAGUGGGCGACUCGUCUGGGCUGGCCACCGUGCUGGCGGAGCGGCUGGUGCGCCGUGGAGCUCGAGCGCUGCACGUGCGGCUCGACCAGAGAGAGCCUCAGGGCCGACUGCAGGAACUGCGGAAAUCGGGCGUAAAACUCACGAUAUCUUCUGAAGAUCUUGCACGUUAUGAUUCCUCAUCGAACCUUCUGAAGCAAUGUUUAGCCCUGGGUCCCAGUGGAGGGCAUAUUUGUAGCAAUGGCUGAACCACUUACUGACCAGACUAGAAACUUUUACAGAACCCUAUUAGCCAAUUUGGAUGAGAAAUCUAGAAAGAUGUGCCCUUCUAUCAAGUUCUUUACAGUGAUUGGGAUCAAUAAUUCUCCAGGAGAUCAAAUUUGUGCAUCAAGAGCUACGGAUGGGUUGCCAGCAAUGAUGCUUUCCGUUUCGAUUGACAGAAAG